AUGGAGCAAGAGCGGCGAAGAGCCGCCAAGAAAAAGGAUGAGGAGGCGCAGCGCGAGCUCGACGAGAUCCUCGACGACUACGAGAAGGACCACAGCGGCCUCAACAUCCCCGUCGCCAAGGCCUUCAUCCGCGCCGAUGUCGUGAACGCGAACAAGACGAUCCCCGGCGAGGCGAAGGGCACGCUCUACAAGCCGAACAGCAACAUCUUCGACAAGCUCGCUUCAAGCGCCGGCUCGACCGCCAAGGCGAAAACCGGCGUGGCCGGCUUCGAGGAGGCAAAACGAUUGGCUGCUGAAAGAGCCAAAAAAAUGAUGGAGGAGGCUGCGAAGAAGAACAAGCUCAACGGACCGGUGUUGGUGAUCGCGCCGAACAAUCCGCUGCGCCCCCCGAAGCCCGGCAGCAAGAAGGCCGAGGUGGCCAAGUCGAAGAUGAGCAACCUGGAGAUGUUCAAGCUCGAGUUGAAAGCUCAACAAGAAGAGCGCGACAAGCGGCGCGAUUUGCGGGAGCACUUGGUGAAGAACGUCGGUCUCGACGCCAGUGCCGUCGACCGCAUCGCGCCCAACCUCGACAACCCGUACGCUUCCGGUCGUCCGGUUGGAGAAUUUGACAUGAACACCGAGACGACGAACCUCUACGUUUGCGGGCUGCCCCAGGAUAUUGAAGUCGACGAGCUGAUCGAGAUCUUCGGCUCGUACGGACCGCUCGCUUCCGCCAGGGUGCUGUACCCAAGGACCGAGAUUGAGAAGAUGAGAGAGUUCCUCUGCGGCUUCAUCGGGUUCAUGUGCCGCACGGACGCGGAACGGGCGAUGGGUGGCCUGAUCGGCCUGACGAUCCGCGGCUGCCUGAUCAAGUACAGCUUCGCCAAGCCGGUCCCCAUCCCGCCGCAGCCACUCUACAUCCCGCCCGCCUUACAAUCCUACAUGUACCCCGAUCCGCCCACCGGCCUCCCCUUCAACGCCAAGCCGCGCGACAUCGACCUGAAGGAGUUCAUCGGCCGCUACAAGGAGCUGCCCGAAUGUGGCAACCUGCCGACGGAACCCGACGCCGAGCUGCUCUUCCGAAAGAUGUUGAAGAACGCGGUGGUUCGCGUAGUCAUCCCCACGGAUAGCGCCCUGCUCGCCAUCAUCCACCGCACCAUCGAGUUUGUCAUCCGCCACGGGCCGGCCUUCGAGCGGUUGCUGCUGGAUAACGAGAGCCACAAUGAUCUCUACCAGUUCCUCUACAACUACCAUCACCCGGCUCACCUCUACUACAGGUGGAAGCUGUUCUCGUUGUUGCAGGGCGACGAGCUGUACAAGUGGAGGCUGCUGCGCUUUAGAAUGUACGAAGACGGAUCGUGGUGGGAGCCGCCGCCGAUCCCCGGCUCCGAAUACAACUCGAUGCCCAGGUCGCUCUACCACACGGCGCUCUGCCUGAAGCGGCCUGAGAAACGUGAGGAGCCCGAAAUCCUGAAGCUGAACGAGGACGAGAUCUCGCGCAAGCGGCGUCGUCUGGAGGAGGCCAGGGAGAAGGAGCGCCGGCGGAAGAUGCGACUGCGCACCAAGGAUCGGGAUCGCCUCGAGGAGAUGCUGCGCAACUUGACGCCCGAGAAGCAGAAUAUUGCCAAAGCGAUGAUCUGGUGCGUGGACCACUCGAUAGCCGCCAAAGAGAUCGUCGACUGCAUCGUGGAGUCGUUGAUGAUCGACGAGACGCCCCUCCACAAAAAGAUCGCGCGUCUUUAUCUGGUUUCUGACAUUUUAGCCAACUCGGCCCUCCGCGGACUUGGCCACGUGUUCUAUUAUCGCGAGUACUUUGAAAACUCGUUUAAUCGGGUCUUUUCGGCAAUGGGCCGCGUGUUGCAAUCGAUUACGGCUCGCCUAAAAGCCGAACAAUACAAGCAGCGUGUAAUGGCCUGUUUCCAAGCCUGGGAAUCGUCGGCCGUCUAUUCCACGGAGAUGCUCAUCAAGAACCAGAACAUUUUCCUGGGCCUGAUUGAGUACAAAGAGAGCGCGUCGUCGGCGUCUUCCGCCGCAAAUUCUGAUGCGGAAGAGGAGCGCAGCACUCAGGCCAAACGAUCGAAGCGCGAACCGGAAGAUGAAGAUCUCGACGGCGUCCCAAUCGAUCAGGGACCUUCUACGGUACCUGUUGAUGAUCUCGACGGCGCCCCGAUUGACGACGAGCCAUUUGUGGAAGAAGAGGCGAAGAAGCCGGUCUUCAAGAGUGGCGGCUGGGCCGAGGUGGAGCCCGUGGAAGCCCCGCCGGAAGCGCGCUCCAAAUGGGACUUUGAGGAUGAGGAGCGGGGCUCCAAGAACAAAUGGGACGAGGAAGAGCACCAGCCCCUCUACACCCAGCAACCCGCCGAAUCCUCGUUUAAUCGUCCCCACAGCGGCACCGACGAUGAAAACAGCCGGCCACGCCUAGACGAUUCGGCUUCAAAAUGGGAAGACGACGACAAUGGCGAAUAUUCACCGGGUGAAAUUGCGAGCCCAGUUCGAAGUGAGAACAAGCCCGAAUCCCAAAUCGUGCUCGAGAAGAUGAACAGUGAGCUGAAAGGAAAAGCGGACGCGCUGCGACGUCAGCUUCUUGAAGACAGGGAGCCGGAUUGCGAGAUGAUCGUCAGGAGAUUUGAAGCCGAGCAGCGCGACAAGAUCAACAAGGUCGUCCUGGAGCUGGAGGCCAGAGAGGCGAAAACCCGUAAAAAGGAGAAGAAGGAGAGCAAGCGGGAGAAGGAGAAAGAAAAGGAGAAGGAAGGCCGCUCCACACGCAGCUCGAUAAGUGAACGGGAUCGGGAUAGAAGGAGAUCACGCUCAAGGGACCGCAAUCGCAGCCGUGAGCGCAGUAUUCGCAACUGCGAGGGUGAUCUCUUCCAUCAUACUGCUCCGCGCCGACUUUGUGAAAAAGGACGGCAACGGCUUGAAGACGCUGGAAUCACCAUCAAGGCCACGCAUUUUGACAAAAAUGAGGACGAGAUCGUGCAGCGGAACUGGUACGAAUUUGCCGAUCAAUACGGGCUCAAGGAUAAAGAUGCGUUGUACCUCUGCGGCGUCGACGCAAAAUCGCGAGGGGCUGGAAUGGACGAGCGCUCGGUGUUCAUCCAAAAAAGCCGUUUCUUCCCCAAAAUUUGCCGCAAAUUGGAGCACAGGACUGGGGAAACGGUAAUCGCGGCCUUACGACGCAUGUUCGACCCGAACACAAAAGACCCAAAUCGGGACUUUGCCCUGAAAUUCACGGAAGAGGAAGACAAAAUGCUUCGGGAAUAUUACCAAAAGGGCUGGACCCUCUUCAAAAUUGCCGAGGCCAUGAAGAAGCCGAAGGCUCGCAUCCAGUCUCGUAUCAAAUAUUUUCGGAAGCAAGGGCUAACCAGAGAGGCGGAUGUUCCUGAUGAUGCCAAAAACGCGUUCUACUGGGCCACUUCCUACAGUUCCAUCAAAAGCAACGGGUUCGCGAUGCCGGAGACUGGAGUGCUCGAUCAAAAUGGCGACUUCUUUUACCACGCGCAUAUGGUCCACAGUUUGAGUCUGGCAAAUGUGGAACGGCUUCAGAAACACGGUCUCCUACUGGAGACGACACGCAUGGAUGGCGAAGAAAAGAGAAAGGCCUUGAGGAAUGCCACGAAACUGAUGAACGAGUUCAAGUUCUCGAAGCUCGCCUUCAUCUGGAUCCUGGGAUAUGCGAAAUACGCAAAGGCACUGCACAAACACUGGGCCAGCGCUUUUCCAGAAGAAGACGAGCGCUUCUUCGAGUGGUCCUUUCAACAGAGGGCCAUAUUCACGUCGGAGAACCGAUUUUGGCCCCGGCUUUGCGAGGGCUUCCCGAAUCGACCGUCGGCGGCCGUCGCAGGGUGUGUGCGUGGGUUAAUCGACCCGGCCAACGAGCUUCCUGGCGCCCAGGAUCGACUAACCGAGGAACAGUACCACGAGUUUGACCGGGUCUACCGAAUUCAUCACAGCCUGGCCACGACCGCCGGCAUACUCGGGAUGCCAUUUCUCAAGGCGUUCAUGGCCAUUAAAAAUAACGAGUAUCGCGCCACCCCGCUUCGCGUCACCGAGCGCCGCAGAUUAUGGAAUAUCCUCGAAAAGCGCCACUCUGGCGGCGGCAAGAAGCUGAUCAUGGACGAGAUUCAAAAGGGAAAAUCCAAGUUUAACGCCAAGAAGAUGGCCAUCACGAUGAGUCGACACACGCCGGUUAUUGUUGACGCAUGGAAGGAGCUGGUCGGCGAGUUUCAAGAGCUGCUUGAGCACGAAGACUUCGAAGACGUCUUUGAGAAAGUCAUCCCGAAGCCCUAUCCAAUCACCGGCCGGGAAUUCUCGGACUUUCUCGAGCUUUUCAUCGACUACAACCCGAAGAUUGUUGUCCGAAAAAUGAGGUUCACCGACACGGACCGGCUGAAUCUGGAGCGUCGAAUGAUACGAAUGGGGCUGACCGGCUUCAACACGCAACGCUUCACCGAACUACACUUUUGCCGCCGGAUGUUGGGCAAGAUUUUGUGCCAGAUUUGCACAAAUCUGAAGCCGGUGGUGGAUUUGACGACGGUGGCAAGGAAUGAUGCGCUAAAGGUGUUGUCAAAGACUAUCGGCAAGCUUGGAGAUGCGCCGUUUCGAAAGUUGGCCACCAAGGACUUUAUCGACACGCUAGUGAGUCACAUGGCCGAGAAUCAUCCAACUUGGCAACCGACCAAGGGCUUGCUGGAAUGGUCCGAGGAGUUGGGCAAGCAGACGCGCCAAGCCAGAUUC